AAAAUCAAACAUGGUCUAAUCUCAGUCCUUUUUUAUUCUUCUACUUCUUCUUCUUCUUCUUCCAUUUCUCAGCCUCAUUCGUAUAUAAGUCCAUCCUCACCAACCCUAAAACCAGUAAAUCUAACUCCACUUUUGAAUGCCCGAGAAAAUAAACUGGACCAGAUUUAUACCUUUCAAGGGGAGAGAGAAAAUAGCCAGCGCAGGAAGACAAAAGAGGGGAAAAGAAAAAAAAAGGAACUCUGUAGUUAUGAUUUCACUCUUGAGUUAGAUUUGCAUAAUGGGUUCAGUCAAAGGUGGUUCUUUUGGCAUGGAGAUUGUGGAGUUGACUCGGUUUUGAUUCAUAGGUUUUGAACUCACUCGUUUAGUAUGGCUAGGCGUCAUGGAUGGCAACUCCCUGCUCACACUUUUCAGGUUGUGGCCAUAACAGUUUUUUUCUUGCUAUCUGUUGCGUAUUAUGCCUUCUUUGCUCCUUUUCUUGGGAAGGACAUCUAUGAAUAUGUGGCUAUUGGAGUUUAUUCAUUCUUUGCACUCUCUGUACUCAUUCUUUAUGUCCGAUGCACAGCUAUUGAUCCUGCUGAUCCUGGAAUUUUGAUAGAAGCUGAUGAGGGAUCAGCCUGUAAAUUACAAAAUGACACAGAUAUGCCUGUGUCCAUUGAGGAGCCUAACAAAAUGGGAUUGAAGAAUGGAAUAAAAUCUUAUAGAGAUGGUUCAAGUUGUUGCUCAACGUUUGGAGGAUUCUUUUGUGCUUGUAUUGUGAGAGAGGAUUGCCGCAGCGAUGAUCAACUACAGCAAUCUGGAGAGGAGGAUGCUUUGUUCUGCACAUUGUGCAAUGCUGAGGUACGCAAAUUCAGCAAACACUGUAGAAGUUGUGACAAAUGUGUUGAUGGGUUUGAUCAUCACUGUCGGUGGCUGAAUAAUUGUGUUGGAAGGAAAAAUUAUAUUACUUUUGUCUGCCUCAUGGCAGCAAGCCUCGUUUGGCUUAUUAUUGAAUUUGGAGUCGGCAUUGCUGUUUUUGUUCGGUGUUUUGUUGAUAGAGGGGGUAUGGAAAAUGAGAUAGCUGAAAGGCUUGGCAUUGGUUUUUCCCGUCCUCCCUUUGCAACUGUGGUGGCUUUAUGCACAGUUGUGUCCUUUCUGGCUACUUUACCUCUGGGAGAACUAUUCUUUUUUCAUAUGAUUCUGAUUCGAAAAGGCAUCACAACAUAUGAGUACGUUGUUGCCAUGAGAACACAAAGUGAGCCACCUGGACCAUCUGUAGAUGGAGGAGAUCAACAAAGCCAGCCAUCGUCACCCACCAGUUCAGCCGUCACUGCCAUUAGCGGAAGAAGCUCUCUUGGAAUGAGCUUACAAUAUAAAGGUGCUUGGUGCACCCCACCAAGAAUAUUCAUGGACCACCAGGAUGACAUUAUCCAACAUUUGGAGCCAGGGCGCUUACCAUCCACAGUAGAUCCAGAUGCAGUUAGACCACCUGAAAAUGGGAAAAAAUUAUCCCAGCGUCCUGUCCGAAUUAGCGCAUGGAAACUAGCAAAAUUGGAUUCUAAUGAGGCAGUUAGAGCGGGUGCCAGAGCUAGGGCAUCUUCCUCUGUGCUUCGUCCCAUAAGUUCUCGUCAUCAUCCAUAUAACAGCGAUCAUUUAUCUAGUAGUAAUGUGAGUGGAAGAAGCAGCCCAACCAGUACUGAUCAUGGAUUUCAGAAUAUGAAUGCUAAAGCUGGGACCUCGAGACUAUCUCCCUCUAAGAGCUCAUAUCCACCCAGUCGAGCUAGCAGGGAUGACAUUGAAUCAUGCGGUCACAGUCUUAGUAACUUCAGCAGCCCCCAUCCAUCCCAUAUUACAUCCUCCCCUAUGAUGCAGCAAACUUCAAGUAGAGAUCAUUUUAACCCAAUAUACCAGUCAUCAGCUGGCCAGUCUCCAUUGUCAGCUAAACAAAAUGAAAGGAACGAGAAUUCAACUGCUGAUAAUGUUGCUCGAUUCCCUAUGAAAAAGAACUUGGGUGCUGCGGAGAGCUCAAAAAAUUCAGUCUUUUGGGAUCCAGAAGCUGGGCGCUUUGUCUCUUCAUCUACUAAAAAUGCCGGCACUUCUCAGGUUCCAGGAGCAGAACUUUUGUACGCAGGCCAAUCUAUAUUCUAUGGAGGUCCAGUUGUGAACGAACAGCUGAUGAGAGGAACAAGAAGCGGCAGUUGGCAGGCAACUUCAGUAGAUAGAGGUUCUACAUCAAGUCAUUAUCAGCAGGGGAGAUCACAGAGGGGUCACCAGCUUCCUGUGUUUGUCCCUAGUGAAUCCCAGCAAAAGCAAUUUUCUUCUAGAUUGUCUUGAGAAACAAAUGGACUGGUUUUGAUUUAACUUCAUCUGCCCCAUCCCUCUUUCUUUUCAAGAUAAAUAGAGCAGGGUUUUUCACUUAUGAUGUUCUUGUUUUUGCGUUUGUUAUGUGUUUUGCUACUAACCCACACAUUGACAUUGACAUGGUUGCCCAAA